AUGAAUGCUCAGAAUGAUCUCCAGCGUGGCAUUAGAUACCAAAUCAAGUCAGGAGUUGAUAUCCACAUUUGGAAUCAACCUUGGAUCCCUAAGCUUAAGGGGUUCAAGUCUUAUCUAGAUAAUCCCAGCAGGCAGGAUUUAACUUGGGUGGCUGAGCUUGUGGAUGACACAUGCAGAAAUUGGAACAUUGAACUUGUCCUUAGAAGUCUUCCCCCUGAAGAAAGCAAGACUAUCCUGAGUAUUCAAGAUCUAAAUCCAAGCAGCUCUGACAUAAUUGUCUGGGACCGCAAACUAAUGGGCAGUUUUCUGUGGCAGCUGUUUAUAAAAAUUGUUAGGCCGCUAUUGUUAGCGCUCGCCUUACCCUGUGCCCUGAAUCAGGGCGUCGAGACUAGUGUUACGGCGAUGGCAGCUGCGGCUGGGGAAGAAAUCGAUUACGAAAGCGAUCCGGAGGAGGCGAAGCUAUCGAUGAAGAUGCGGAGGCGAGCGGAGGCGAGCGACGACGAGGCGGAGGAGAGUGGCGAAAUCAGGGGAAAACCACCGCGAGGGGCUGAAGAUGAUUCCGGUGGUGAAUCCGAGGGUGCCGCGGCGGAAUACGAGGAUGAAUACGUGGAAGAUUAUGAUUUGGAUGAGGAGUAUGUGGAGGAGACAGAGGAGGCGGAUUAUGAUGACGGAGAAAGUGGUGGUGGGGAAGGGGCAAAGGCGGUGGCGGUGGCGGUGGGAAGAGGUGAUGCAGGGGAAGAUGGAGACGUCACGGAUGAGGUAACGAGGGUUAACGAUGACGCUGGUGAAAUUAACGAUGGUGAUUUGAAAACUGAGGAUGGUCAACUUGAAGUAGAAAAGAAGGAGAUGGAGCCCUAUUCCGUGCCUACGGCUGGGGCAUUCUACAUGCAUGAUGAUAGGUUUAGGGACAGUGCUGGGGGACGAAAUAGGAGGAUGCUUGGAGGAAGAAAGUUGUGGGAGUCCAAAGAUGAUAUGAAAUGGGGACACGAUAAGUUUGAGGAGCUGACUUCACAUGAAAGGACUCACGAAGAGCAUAGAAGGAGGGGUCAUAGGGGACGUAAUCGAGGUCGUGGUCGGAAUAGAUAUGCCCAAGAAAACAUGCCUAGAGAAGUCACUAAUAAUGACACCAAGAGUAACAAUCAGGACAGUGCUCCCAAGAGUUUUAGGGGGAGAGGACCUCGAAGGUAUCAGUCAUCCUCUAAGAACAAGGCGCCUCUCUCUCAAAACAAACAACUGUUGUGGAAAUCAAAGGAGAAGCCUACGUAUGUUCGUUCUGAAAAUACCAUUGAAUCUAUGUCUAGUGCGGGGCCUGAGACAGUGCUGCCGAGAAAACAAGUGCUUGCAUCCAGUUUGAGCAUUGCUUCCCCCCCGUUUUAUCCAUCUGGCUCAUCCACAAAAGACCACAGUGGUCCCAGUAAGGAGUUACAAGCUGGCACUAUUAAUCGGCACGGUCAGCCAUCAGCAAUUGGCAUGGAUAAGCUUUAUAUUGAUGAUUCACUUUCUGUUUCUACUGGAAAACCUGCAAACACUGUGCAAAUGCCUUUAUCUGGUCAAUCAUCUGUGAACUCUGUUCGAGGAAGAGAACCAGCUUCAUUGACUCAAGUCAACAGGGCAAAUUCUUCAAACCAGCUGCAGGCAGUCCAGGGGAAUCACAGUCAAAUUCGUGGUCAGUCUUCUUUGCAGUUUACACCGCGUGGAUCACGAGCUUCUUCCCCUUCAGAAACUAGUGGAACUGCGAGUGCAGUUGAAUCUCUGGAAGCAGAGUCGAAUAGAUCCAAGACUGCAUUGGUCCCUAAAGGACAAGGCACCACUCAGGGCAGUGGAAGGGGGUCCUUCUUGUAUGGCGGAGCACAUGUUAUGGGGGCCUCUGGCAAUAUGAGCAGUGGUCAUGGAGAUCAAAAUUUUCCGGCUUUUUUGCCAGUAAUGCAGUUUGGCGGUCAGCAUCCUGGAGGAAUAGGAGUUCCUGCUGUUGGCAUGGCCUUCCCUGGAUAUGUUGGUCAACCCCAGCUUGGUCGAGGGAGUUCGGAAAUGACCUGGCUGCCAAUUUUAACUGGUCCUGCUGGGGCACUGGGGGCAAGAUAUGGUGCUCCCUUUGCUGUUGAUGGUUCAUAUCAGGCUCGCCCAUCGGGACAAAUAUCUUCCGUAAAGGCUGCUUCAAGUAAAGAAUAUAAUACAACGAAUUCCGUGGGUGAAACGGACACUGCACAGGGACCUGAGCUUGUAAAUAAUGACUUCGGCCAGAGGCAAAAGAACCCUCGCAGAUACACAGAGAUGAAAUUUGACCAGUGA